GUGCUUCCGUGUUUUCUGCCCCGUGGCGUUUAGUUCUCACGAGUCGAUUAUUUCACGCGUGUUCUUAAAAUAAAAGUAAACAACAAUUUCGUAUCAAGAUGCCACGUUCCUGUUGAAUUGGAUGGAGGUAAACAUGAGGCAGCUUUGGCAACAGUAUAGUCACACCUUUUUGAGGAAUCUGAAUAUGAACACUGAAAUGCUUUAGGAAUGCAUCAUGACUGCAGGAGUGUGACUUCGCUGCACUCCCCACUCUUGGUUUCUCUUGUACACCAAAUUUGUAUAACGCAAAAUGAAGUCGUUAUAAACGUCCGUGCAUAAAGCGAGGUUUUGCCAGAGCAGACCUGAAGAUGUGUGGCUGAUUAAGAGUCCCGUGUGCCUCUCCCCGCUAUGCCCAGGCGUGGGUUGCCACUGCAAGGCCGGGUGCGCUGGCUCCUUCUGGGUAUAUUUUUGCUUCUUGUCUUCCUCUUCUUUGUAUACUUGCUGGAAUGUACACCACCUGCAGAUGUGAGCAGUGGGUUGCCUGGUCUUGGAGGGGACCCAUUUGGAAAAGAAUAUUUUCAGGCACUGCUCCAGGAGCAAGAGGAGCGGCAUCUCAGCCGAGCAGCUAGCCUCAAGAGGCAGAUUGCACAGCUUAAACAGGAGUUGCAGGAAAUGAAUGACAAGCUGAAGAGCCUGCAAGAGAGAAAAGAAGGCCCUGGACUGCAGGGUCUGAUUGAUGGCAAAGAUCAGGAACCGAGUGACUUGUUGGAAUUCCUGCAUGCACAGAUUGAUAAGGCUGAGGUGAAUACAGGAGCAAGGCUCCCUAGCGAAUACGCUUUAGUCCCCUUUGAAAGUUUUACCACAACAAAGGUUUAUCAGCUGGAAAUGGGUCUCACUCGGCACCCUGAGGAAAAGCCUGUACGAAAGGACCGGCGAGAUGAGCUGGUGGAAGUGAUAGAGGCAGGCCUAGAUGUUCUGAACAACCCUGAUGAAGAGGACGGACAGGAGGAAGACAUCCCCAUGCAGAGGCAGAUCUUCACAGAAAGCCACUUUGUCGAGGGGCUAUACAGGACCGAGCGGGACAAAGGCACGCAGUACGAGCUGUACUUUGCGAAGGAAAAUUCACACGAAUAUCGCCAUGUAACCCUCUUCCGUCCAUUUGGUCCAUUAAUGAAAGUGAGGAGCACAUCUGUGGACACGAGCAGCACAAUCAUUAAUAUUAUAGUGCCUCUGUCAGGCAGAACAGAAGCUUUUUUUCAGUUUCUGCACAACUUCAGGGAGGUGUGUAUACAUCAGGACAAGCGAGUGCACCUUACAGUGGUAUACUUUGGGGAAGAGGGCUUGCAAGAGGUGACGUCUUCCUUACAAAAAUUAUCCAGUGAAGAGAAUUUCACGAACUACACUCUUAUUCCUGUGGACGAGGAGUUUUCCCGUGGCAGAGGAUUGGACAUCGGUGCUCAUGCAUGGAAGAAAGAGGCUGAUGUGUUAAUGUUUUUCUGUGAUGUAGACAUAUAUUUCACAUCCGAGUUCCUCGAAACGUGCCGUCUGAACACAGCCCCUGGAAAACGAGUGUUCUAUCCAGUAGUGUUUAGUUUAUACAAUCCUGCUAUUGUAUAUGGAAAUCUUGAAUUGGCUCCACCCAUUGAACAUCAGUUGAUUCAUAAAAAAGAUGCGGGAUUCUGGAGAGACUUUGGAUUUGGCAUGACGUGUCAGUAUCGCUCUGACUUCCUCACUAUCGGAGGAUUUGAUCUAGAAGUGAAAGGUUGGGGAGUGGAGGAUGUCCAUUUGUACAGAAAGUAUCUGAGGAGCGAGCUGAUAGUGAUGCGCACGCCAGUUUCGGGUCUCUUUCACCUGUGGCAUGAGAAACUAUGUGCAGAUGAGUUAACGCCAGAACAAUACCGCAUGUGCAUCCAGUCCAAAGCUAUGAAUGAAGCUUCUCACUCACAUUUGGGCAUGCUGGUGUUUCGCGAGGAGAUCGAAAACCACCUCCGCAAGCAGGCCUACAAAAGCCAGAGCAGGGCAGAGGAUUGAAACGGCUACAAUAAACUUGCUCACAGUAAGCACAAUAUUAGUGCAUUUCGGUAGGGCAGAAUUAACCAGCGGAGAUCUGUCUAGCUCUUGCAACUUUACCACACCAUUUCUGAAAUAAUGCAGAAGAUAUUUUAUUAAUAAAAAAAAAAGCAGAAACCCAAGGAUGAACUAAGAACAAAGUGUAUGAAUGAAGUGUAUGGGAUGCCAUUCUGUGUGAAGGCUGUGGCAAUGACCAUGUUAUUGUUAUUUCUGAAGGUCCAUUUAAUACAUUUAUUGUUCUUAAUUUAAAAUGACCAAUUGAGUUGGUGCUUUUAUGUUCAUGCACAUUAAUAGCCUGGACCUAGUCAUGUUACUGGUUAUCACAUUUAUUUUUAAUGGUAUUGUUUAACAUUAAUUUUUUUUAUCGCUUUUAGUAUAAAAUCAUGUGUGCUGUGGUAAUGAGCAACAGUGUUUUUACAGGUAACAGAGACAAUCAGUUGUAAAUGGAUAUGAACAGUAUGUAUAAGGCAGUAUGUCUAGUGACAAUUUAGAAAGUGUCAGAUUCAGAUGCUGAAACAGAGCAACACUUCACUGUGGUGGUCAGUUUGUGAUGUAGGUAAAUUCUCAAUACCAACUGGAUUUGGAAAUAUUUUAAUAAUAUACAACUGCUGACCACUGUUAAUACCCAGUAGCCAUUUAGUUUCUGUUGAGGAUGGGUUUUUUCAGUUACACAGUAGAGGCUACUAAUAGAAGUCUGACAUCUGUAGCAUCUAAAACAACAGCAGCACAAUGCAAUGGUAAAGACUAAACUUCAACCCUUUUUUUAAAUAAAGCGGGACGGCAAUCUUUAA